GGUAAGUGUAACAUGUGAGCAUUACUAGGCAUUUCAUCCUGCAGGUCUGCAGUCUGUGCUCUUUAGACUAUUGCUCAGUUCGAAUGCUGCUGUGGAUGUGAACUGUGCUCUGUUAAUAUGUUCUAUAAUGACCAAUUCAGGCAGAAGGAUUUCAAAGCUUUGCAAGAGCAUCUUCUGAACGAACACACAAUCUAAAAAUCAGCGACAGAAAAUUGAUAUAUAGUAUUUAACCCUGGAGGAAAAUCAGGUUGGCACAGAGGCAGACGUUCGCAUAAAGAAGUUGGCUCAAAGAAGAUGCACAGAGUCUCAUUUUUUUCCACAGUCUGAAUGAAGACUACAACGGAAGCUGUAUUCACAUGAUGAUCAAAAGAAACACUUGAGUGAUGAACUGCUGUUGCAGGAAAAGUCUAAGGCAGUAAUUCGAGCUCUUCGUGCUUUAGUAGCUUGCUUGUUUUGCGGAAGCAUUCUUCCUUAACAGCAUUUCUGCAUAGUGGGCUCCCCGUUGGAGCAGCACAGCAACUGCCUGAUGGAGGAAAAAUGAAUGCUCUGCAUUGCUUGUAUCACUGAUGGAGUUAAACUAUCUACGUUUCUGUCAUUUGGGAAAUCUGGAUUAAACAGGCAAUAUUAUUAUUCCAGGAGUCCCAUUGUUCCUUGUGGUCUGACUCAUUGCAUGUAAAUAUACUGCAGCUCUGCUGUACAUUGCAGAGAUCUUUAUUACAUAGGGAAGAAUUGUCAACCUUGGAAUAUCAUGUUGUGAAUCAUUGCUGAAAAAUAGAUUGUGUGAAGUAUUCCUGACAUUAAGACAAAUGAAGUUCCAAAAUUGCAGAAUAAGCUCCUGAAACAUUUAGGACAGUGGUGUUUAUUUUCAGUCAUCGGAAAGCCCAGCACUGUAAAUUGGAGACUGACCUUGCAAGACUGGCUAUAGCUGUGAUCAUCUCUGUCAGAGCAAUUGUUCCUUGUUUCAUUCUAUACAGAAUGGUGUCAUGUAACCUACAACAAUGAUUUCACUGUGUGGAUAAAGUUAUUCUGUAGAAGUAGCAAUAUUAACAAAGGCAGAUUUUCUGGUAAAAGGACAUACUAUAGAUAUUUACGAUAUUGAAAUUUCUACCAUAACCUAGUUAGAGCUGAGAAUAGUUUUAGUACAUUUUUCACAAAUUCACUGUUGUAGUACAGGAGGAUGAAACCUUGUUUUUAAAAAAAAGUAUAUAUAUAUUUUUUUAAAAUAGCAUUGUUUGAACAUCUCAGGGUGUUAAAUGAAAUAUAGUGGGAAAAAAGUCCUUUUUUUAAAUUUUAAAACACCAGCAAUAGUGUUAACAAGUUAUAACUGUUUGUGAGUGUAUACUUGGGAGGUAAAAGUACUUUCUGUGCUGUCCCAGCUGUGGUUACUACUGUGUUGUUCUGAAUACAGUUUUUUUUUCAAACGGAUCGAAUGAGUCGAGUGUGUAUUGUUGUUUUGGAGGAGGUUGAAGAUGAUUCUCCCACAUUUUUUUCCAAACUACCUCAGGAAAACACAUCUGUACGUCCUUCACCUUCUGGAAAUGUGUUGCCACCGCUGGUUCAAGCUAUAUUUAAUGGGGACCCUGAUGAAGUUCGAGCAUUAAUAUUUAAGAAAGAAGAUGUUAACUUUCAGGAUAAUGAAAAGAGGACCCCUUUACAUGCUGCUGCCUAUCUGGGAGAUGCAGAAAUUAUUGAACUACUUAUUUUAUCUGGAGCUAGAGUUAAUGCCAAAGACAGCAAGUGGUUGACUCCCUUACACAGAGCUGUUGCAUCAUGUAGUGAGGAUGCUGUUCAGGUGUUGUUAAAGCAUUCAGCAGAUGUCAAUGCCCGUGACAAAAACUGGCAAACACCCCUACAUAUAGCAGCUGCAAAUAAAGCUGUUAAAUGUGCUGAAGCUUUGGUGCCUCUUCUAAGUAAUGUAAAUGUGUCAGAUCGAGCAGGUAGAACAGCAUUACAUCAUGCAGCCUUCAGUGGACAUGUUGAGAUGGUGAGUUUGUUAUUGUCUAGAGGUGCCAAUAUUAAUGCAUUUGACAAGAAAGACAGACGAGCUAUACAUUGGGGAGCAUAUAUGGGUCACAUUGAAGUUGUGAAAUUACUUGUGACCCAUGGAGCUGAAGUGACAUGCAAAGACAAGAAAUCAUAUACACCCCUACAUGCUGCAGCAUCUAGUGGAAUGAUCAGCGUAGUCAAAUAUCUUCUAGAUCUUGGAGUUGAUAUGAAUGAACCAAAUGCCUACGGAAAUACACCUCUUCAUGUAGCUUGCUACAAUGGACAAGAUGUUGUAGUAAAUGAACUUAUAGACUGUGGUGCUAAUGUAAAUCAGAUGAAUGAGAAAGGUUUUACACCUUUGCACUUUGCUGCUGCAUCAACACAUGGAGCAUUGUGUUUAGAACUUUUGGUCUGUAAUGGAGCAGAUGUAAAUAUGAAGAGUAAAGAUGGGAAAACACCAUUGCAUAUGACAGCAAUCCAUGGUAGAUUUUCAAGAUCACAAACCAUCAUCCAGAAUGGAGCUGAAAUAGACUGUGAAGAUAGGAAUGGAAAUACUCCUUUGCACAUCGCAGCUAGAUAUGGUCAUGAGCUACUAAUCAACACUCUAAUUACAAGUGGUGCUGACACUGCAAAGAGAGGUGUACAUGGGAUGUUUCCUCUCCAUUUGGCAGCAUUAAGUGGAUUUUCAGACUGUUGCAGAAAGCUGCUUUCAUCAGGCUUUGACAUAGACACCCCAGAUGAUUUUGGCAGGACCUGCCUUCAUGCAGCUGCAGCUGGAGGGAAUUUGGAGUGCCUAAACCUUCUGCUCAACACUGGUGCAGACUUCAACAAAAAGGACAAAUUUGGGAGAACUCCACUUCAUUAUGCUGCUGCCAAUUGUAAUUACCAGUGCCUGUUUGCCCUUGUGGGAUCUGGAGCUAGUGUGAAUGACCUUGAUGAGAGGGGUUGUACACCAUUGCACUAUGCAGCUGCAUCAGACACAGAUGGCAAGUGCCUGGAAUACUUACUAAGAAAUGAUGCAAAUCCAGGGAUCCGAGACAAACAAGGAUACAAUGCAGUUCAUUAUUCUGCUGCUUAUGGUCAUCGCUUGUGUCUUGAACUGAUUGCAAGUGAAACUCCCCUAGAUGUUCUAAUGGAAACAUCAGGUACUGACAUGCUGAAUGAUUCCGACAACAGAGCACCAAUUAGUCCAUUGCACUUAGCUGCCUAUCAUGGUCACCAUCAAGCUCUGGAAGUACUGGUGCAGUCUUUGUUGGACCUUGAUGUGAGGAACAAUAAUGGAAGGACACCAUUGGAUCUUGCAGCUUUUAAGGGACAUGUGGAGUGUGUGGAUGUACUUAUUAAUCAGGGAGCAUCAAUCUUAGUGAAAGACUAUGUUGUAAAGAGAACUCCAAUACAUGCUGCAGCUACAAAUGGUCAUUCAGAAUGCUUGCGAUUGUUGAUAGGCAAUGCAGAACCACAGAAUGCAGUGGACAUUCAAGAUGGAAGUGGACAGACUCCUCUGAUGCUGUCUGUUCUCAAUGGGCACACAGACUGCGUUUAUUCAUUGCUUAACAAAGGAGCAAACGUAGAUGCCAAAGAUAAAUGGGGAAGAACUGCAUUACAUAGAGGGGCAGUUACUGGGCAUGAGGAGUGUGUGGAAGCAUUGCUUCAACAUGGUGCUAAGUCCUUGCUACGAGACUGCCGAGGGCGAACACCUAUACACUUAUCAGCUGCAUGUGGACAUACUGGUGUUCUAGGAGCUCUCUUGCAGUCAGCAACAUCUGUGGAUGCGGUACCGGCCAUAGCAGACAAUCAUGGAUAUACAUCACUGCACUGGGCCUGUUAUAAUGGUCAUGACAGCUGUGUAGAGCUUCUUUUGGAACAGGAAGUUUUCCAGAAAAUGGAAGGAAAUUCUUUCAGCCCAUUGCAUUGUGCUGUCAUAAAUGACAAUGAAGGUGCUGCUGAAAUGUUAAUCGAUACGUUGGGUGCUGGCAUUGUAAAUUCAACAGAUGCAAAAGGAAGAACCCCCCUUCAUGCAGCAGCUUUUACAGAUCAUGUGGAGUGUUUACAGCUUCUACUCAGUCAUAAUGCUCAAGUAAAUGCUGUAGAUUCUUCUGGAAAGACUCCUCUAAUGAUGGCUGCUGAAAAUGGACAAACUAACACCGUUGAGGUGCUGGUUAGCAGUGCUAAGGCUGAUCUGACCUUGCAAGAUAGCAGUAAAAACACAGCACUCCAUUUGGCUUGCAGCAAGGGUCAUGAAACUAGUGCCUUGUUAAUACUGGAGAAAAUUACGGAUAGAAACCUCAUCAAUGCCACCAAUGCAGCCUUGCAAACACCUCUGCAUGUUGCUGCUCGAAAUGGAUUAACAGUUGUAGUUCAAGAACUUUUAGGCAAGGGAGCAAGUGUACUUGCUGUAGAUGAAAAUGGUUACACACCAGCUUUGGCCUGUGCUCCCAAUAAGGAUGUGGCUGAUUGUCUAGCUCUCAUUUUGGCCACGAUGAUGCCUGUUUCAUCAAGCAGCACUUUACCUUCCCUUACAUUCAAUGCCAUUAAUCAUUACACCAACACCUCAAAAACUGUCACGUUUGACUCCUUGCCAAUCAUGAGGAGUGAACAUAGCUCUUAUUGUAGUUUCAACAACAUUGGCAGGGAAGAUGGCUACCCAUAUACAGAAGAGGAUGAGCUUAAUGACUCAGAUUCUGAGACCUAUUAAGAAGCUUCAUCUGGAGGUCUGAAGAGAGAGCCCAGUCAUCUGAAGGUCAGAAUUGUGCUUUUGGAAAAAAAGCAGUCCGUGUUGGAUUACAAGAGGACAGACCUACGAGAAGAUUUUGGGGUUUUUUAAUUGUGGGUGCAUAUGAAAGAUCUGUGUGUGACACUAGGAGGAUUUUAAAGAGCAGGUUUUGCAAAAGAAGCAUAAAUUCUUGAAAAAUACUUGGAAUCUACAGCAAAAAAAAUUAAGAAUGUCAAAACUGUUUUAUUUAAUUGUACAUUACCAUUUUGUUUGUGGUGCCAGGAGUAACUUCUCCAGACUCUGCACCCUAGUCUGUGUAAAUGAACAACACUAUUGUACAACAAAAAGGACAUUUGAUUUAACUAUAAUCAAUAAAACUAAAACCAUUUUGAAGGCAAUAAAUGAGUUUGGUACAGUAGGCAUUGUGUGUGCAGCAAAUUGCCAAAGGACCAAAUAACUUAAAGAUUUUUUUAAUUAAAUACCUUUUUGUGGAAACUGGAAUAGGUUAAAUGAGAUGUUGUCUUAACCAAACCUUAAUUAUUUCUGGGAAUGAAGCUUAGAUUUGGUUUUAAAUGUUGAUUUUUUUUAUAAUCUAAAAGCCUUCCGACACUAUUAAAUGUACCAUGAAAGAAA